GUACACAAAGUAAACUGAGAAUGCACCGGUGUCUGAGGGAACUGACGUCACUGAAGCGGAAAAAAGGCUGAGCGCUGAUUGGCUCCGUCGAGUGCAGUGUGUGUAUGGUUCAGGCGGUGGGGUGCUCGGAGUGUGCGGGCAGCAGAAGCAGCUCGAGGCUCAGUACUGCACCAUGGAUCCAGCUCUCUUAAGAGACAGAGAGCUCUUCAAAAAGAGAGCUUUGAGUACACCUGCAGUGGAAAAGCGUUCUUCUGCAUCAACAGAGUCUUCAAAGAAGAAGAAAGCCAAAGGCGAUGGUGGUGGGACAUCUGUUUCUAAGCAGAGCUCAGAUGGUAGCAAUGGUUCAUACGGCCUCAAACCCCUGUCUGGGACAUCUAACUUUAAGUUUGGUGUCCUUGCAAAGAUUGUCAACUAUAUGAAGACUCGACACCAGCGAGGUGACACAUACCCACUGACAUUGGAGGAAAUCCUGGAUGAAACGCAGCACCUUGAUAUUGGAAUGAAACAAAGGCACUGGUUAAUGUCUGAGGCUCUUGCAAACAAUCCUAAGAUUGAAGUUAUUGAUGGAAGAUAUGCUUUCAAGCCCAGGUUUAAUUUAAAAGACAAGAAGGCUCUUCUGAGACUAUUGGACAAGCAUGAUCAGAGGGGACUGGGAGGCAUCUUACUAGAUGACAUAGAAGAAGGACUUCCCAAUGCACAAAAAGCAAUUAAGGCACUGGGGGACCAGGUUACCUUUGUUACAAGACCGGACAAGAAGAAAAUCCUUUUUUACAACGACAAAAGCUGCCAGUUUACUGUAGACGAAGAAUUUCAGAAGCUAUGGAGGAGUGUACCGGUAGACUCCAUGGAUGAUGAAAAGAUUGAGGAAUAUCUGAAGAGACAGGGCAUUUCCUCUAUGCAGGACACUGGACCAAAGAAAGCUCUCCCAGUACAAAAGAGGAAGUCGAACUCACAGAAGAAACGCAGGUUUAAGACUCACAAUGACCAUUUGGCAGGAGUACUGAAAGAUUACACAGAUGUUACUCCUGGCAAACCGUAAUGGUGCCGUCAUCAGACAUGAGGAUGUUUACAGAGUAACCUCACCACAGACUACUCUACUUAGUGCUUAUUGCCUUUAAGCCUGGAAGAUUCCCCUGAUCAGUUAAUUUAUACUUUCAAGUGUUACCUUUCCCAGGGGUCACAGGCAAACGGACUCCUGUCUUUUAGGAUAUGACCAAGUAUUAAGCCUUUGAAUUACAAUCGCAUGAAUAAAAUAUCAUUUUCUCCUGUAAUUCAGCUUAUGUCCGUGCCUCAGUAUGGCUUGUAUUGCAGGGCUUUGUACUUGUGCACAAAUCCCAACAGUGUCAGAGUUCAGCAGCUGAGUUGUGUCUUUAUUGUAUAUAGCAGCAGAUUUAGUUUUUUUUUUUUUUCUUUUCUAUUUUUUUGCUCGGUGUGUUAUUACAACACUAUUUUAUAUGCAAAUUUGCAGUGCAGUGUCUGUUUGCCUCUUGUUUACUAAAAUAAAAGUAAUUUCAGUUC